UUGAAUGGUCUUAGUUGCGUGUUAAAGUAAAAUAAGCCGGCUGUUCGGAAAAACGCUGAGUUGAAGGAGUCGGUUGUAAUGCAGUUUUGAUUUUUUUUUUCAUAUUCUAUCUCUAGAAACCCUUUUUGAGUUAAAUAUUUUGUUAUUCCCCUAUAAGGUCGAGUGCAAUGUUAUAUUUCGGUGGGAUUUCGGUAGCUUUGGCGUUGUCUCUUCUGUCAAGCCCCAGCUUGGCUUUGAAGGAGGGAGAAUGUGAAGUGUGUGUCACCUUUUUGGGAAAGUUUUACCAGUCCCUAAAAGAUAAAGAUGUGCAGUUCACCCCAGCGGAGAUUGAGAAGGAAUUGCUUAAAACUUGCAAGGACGCAAAGGGAAAGGAAAAUCGAUUGUGCUAUUACAUAGGAGCAACAGUGGAUGCAGCAACUAAAAUAAUCAAUGAAGUAUCUAAACCUUUAAGCUCACAUGUACCUGUGGAGAAAAUCUGUGAAAAACUAAAGAAAAAAGAUGGCCAAAUAUGUGAUUUAAGAUAUGAUAAACAAGUUGACCUUAGCACAGUGGACCUGAAAAAAUUAAAAGUUAAAGACCUGAAGAAAAUCCUAGAAGAGUGGGGAGAGUCCUGCAAGGGAUGUGCAGAAAAAUCUGACUUCAUACGCAGAAUCAAUGAACUGAUGCCGCAGUAUGCUCCCAGUGCGGCCAGUGCACGGACGGACCUUUGAUUUGUGCAUUUCUCAAAGACUUGGUGCUUUAAAGCACUUGUCAUUUAAUCCAGACUGUAUGUUGCCAUAGUAUCUGAAGUGCGGAUUUUUAUAACUUAUUACGGGCCAUGUUUCCUUUUGAGAUUUGGUUUAUAUAAAAAAAA